AAUUAAUCUUUUUGACAGAGUAAUUGUCAAUCCUGAUAAAAUGAGCAAUACUAAAAAAGAAGAAACUACCGAAAAACCCCAGAAAGAAUGUCCCUGCAUAAGUGUUGGAUUCGCCGAAGCUGCUUUAGGUCUCAAAUAUCGAACAAAAAAUCUGAGAACUAUUGAAAUUCUAGACUUUGGUGAAGUAUUACCAGGAAGUCAAACAACUAAAUGCAUCGACUUGAAAAAUGUCCUAGAUCAACCAAUCUCAUAUUACAUUCAUCGAAUGUCUUAUGUGAAUGAAAUUUACCAGUCUUUCCAUUUCAACAAGUAUAAUGUGACGGUUAAUCCUCGAUCUACAACGCAAUUGAAGAUAACAUAUUCGCCACUUUUGGAGAAUGAAAAGAGCUCGGAUUUAUUCAAUAUUUCCGCUAGAGAUUCAACAGAGUUGGAGAACCUCAGACUUGUAGGAAAAUGCCUCGGUACUAGAGUCAAAUGCUCGACGAAAAACUUGCACUUCACUGUAACACCCUCUACCAAGAAGAGAGUGAGUACUUUUGAGCUGAAGAAUUUAUCUACAGUACCAGCUACGUUCCAAUUCGACGUGAAUGAGAACGAGAAUCUUUUCUCAGUUGACAUAGUCAAUGGUCAAAUCCAACCGAAGAAAAGUAUCUAUAUAACCGUCACUUUCAUCGGCAAAACAGAAGGAAUCCAUUACAAGAGAAUUGCGGUUCUUAUUUAUAAGCAUGAACCCAUCAUGAUAGAUUUAGUAGGGAUUUGCAGCAAAACCACAAGCCACAUAAAUGAGCUGCCAAAUUUAGCCAUGUAUCCCAGCGAAGCACAAACCUCAUAUGGUGCUUACUUUUACGAUUAUGGUUUCGCAGAAAACAAACCGUUGCCCUUCAAAUUCAACAAGGAUUGUUUCGAUUUCGGCAGAGUAUUACCUCAAUAUUACGGAAAAUCCAAUCAGAAUAACAAUAUAGCAGUAGCCAUACUCAAAAACAACAUGUCUUGUGAGCUUUCAAUCAAAUGGUAUCAAGACCCGGACAAAGUAUUCCGUGUUCAACCAAAUGAACUCAUCGUGAAACCUGACGAGACUGGUUAUUUCGAACUGAGCUUCAAUCCUGAUUUCAGAGAUCACAUGUACUGCAGAAAAAUGACAGCACAAAUUUUUUGGAGCAGCACACCAAGACCUAGUACUGCUGCUAGUGGAGAUGAAUUUGAAGGCGCCGAUAAUGUUCCAUUGGAAGCUAGUUUGAUAAUGAUUGGUCAUUCUUUUCCUGAAAACCAAUCAUGGAUUAGUGCGGUGGAAAUUAUCCCAACGAAAGUCCUCUUUCCUGUAUGCCUACCAGGAUAUCAAUCCUUCGCAACCUUCAUGUUAAAAUCUGAUGGCCACUUACCGGUACUUUUCAAAUUUAUCCCUCCAACAAAGAGCUUGAUCACAAUAAAACCCAUGAUGGGUUUGAUGAGAUUCACCAAAUUGUUCGUAGCAAAACUAGAAAGUCUGACCACGCCAGCCGUGUACAAGGAAGAAUGGCGUAUUGAAAUAAACGGUGAAUCUCAGAGGAAUUUCAAGGUUUUCUUUCUGGGUCAAUCAGAUGUACCAUCAGUAGUUAUUGGAGAACAUAAUUCGAUCACUUUCAAUACUACCUUGCCUGGAUGCCAAGAUAUGGUCUAUGUCCCUAUAAAGAAUACAUCUUGUUACCAUCUGAGAUUGGAUCUGAUAGACAAGAGCGAAUAUUUCCACGUUAAACCAAGCGUCGUAGAGCUGUAUCCAAACGAACACUUGGAUACUGAAUGGACCUUCAAUGCAAAGCUAGAUGUUCCGCACCAUACAGAAACCCAUUGUACCAUGAGGGUCAUUUCAAACAAUGAUCAGCUCAUUGGAUUCCCUUUUGAGACCCCUGUUUAUAUAAAUGCUCGUUGCGAAUACUCCCAGAUAUGUGCCACCCCCAGGUACAUGGAUUUCGGUGAAAUACCAUGGGGAGUCAGCAGGGAGGUCGAAUUUAAGAUUUUCAAUUUCGGAAAAUCUGCAGUGUGUUAUAUACUGAAGACCAUAACAGUUAGUGGUAACUACGACGACAUUAGAAUCUCCAACGCAAUGGGAAAGUUGAAACCCAAUGAAAAUAACACAAUUCGCGUUUCCUUCAGGACCAAAACUACUGGAGACCACGUUACUCAGAUAGUUUACUGUACUAGGAUCAAUGAGUUUGGGGAGGCUCAAACUUCCAAUCCUCCAGUAGACCUUUUCUCAAUUAAGUACAGCUGCAUUCAUCCAUCUGUUCAGAUAGAGGAAUGCGUUGAGCACAGCUUUGGCCGAAUAUUCAGCAAAUUAGAUAUGUGGAAUUUCUUUGCGAUAAAUACGAUUAACGAAAAACUAGCGGAUGUGAAAGAAGGUGAAACAAAAGUUGUUAAUCUAAUUCUUCCAACCAUUCCAUGCCAUGAAAAGGGGUACUGUAUAAGAUUCGUCCUCAGAAACGUCACAAAAUUCGACUUGAAAGCAUCACUGUCAAGGGUAAAAAUGUGCAACUGCCAAAUAACAGAGAUAUCUAAAAGUUUAUCAUUCAGACAAAAAAUUUUCAAAUGUCCGCAUAGGAAUAUGCUGACAAUGAAACUCUCAGACGAAACCAUACACGGCCAUUCGUUUCAGUUUUUGGACAUAUUAAUGAACUUCAAUUUGAUCACAAAUGAAGAUGUAGCCUAUGACUUGAAACUAAGCACAGAUAGACACCUUCAACUCUGCUUCAAGAUGAAUAGUAUUCCGUCGGAUGUUCAGAAACUGUCAAUAUACAAUAGAGAGAAGCACAAGAAAUUUUUGAAUAUGUUUAUCGGAGCGAAAGAGCCGCCCUACCAAACACUAUGGAUGUACAAUUACACUUCUCAAGAAACAUUUUUUCAAGUUAUGGAUGAGGAACUGAUCGCUCUGAAUGAAAAGGAAGGAUUUCCUGUGUUAUCUUGCUUAGACAAUAAAGGAAUCGUCUCCCCAUUUUCCUCGAAAGCAAUAUUAUUCCGAUUCCAUCCAAUUGAAGCGAAAAAGUAUCAGGUAACGCUUCCGUUGAUUUUGGGCAGCGAAAAGAUUUCUUUGAAAUUCACAGGCAGAGGAACCUACAAAUAUGAUCACGAUUUGAUCCAUAAACUCGACCGUACAAUACCAAGAAUAUCAAUGCAUGUAGGAGAUUUCCCAAUCACAUUAUCAGCUGAUUUCAUAGUAGUUGAACCAUUCUCCGUGUGGAAUACCAUGGAAAAGUUGAUAUACAUGAGGAAUAUUUCAAAAGACCGAGUGAUGGAAUAUACAUGGAAAAGGAGCUUUCUGGAAGGAAUAAUAGAAAUAAAGGCAGACAAAUCAACAGGCUUACUGGAGCCAGAUGAGGUCGUUGCGAUAUUAUUGAAAUUUCAAUCUUUCGACAUUCCGGCCAUUGCUACUAUCAAUAUGACUUGUAAAAUUCUUGAUAUAACACAGGGUGAAAUACAUGAGGAAUCACUGCGAAAAUACCGAGAAAGACAGAAACAAAUUGAUGAAUAUUUCAUGAUCGACGAAAAGGGAACUCAUACAAUGGAAAAUGACUUCAUCAUUGAGCCUCCAUCAGAAGAGGAAUAUCUGACAUUAGCUAUAACUUUCCACACUAUAAGCACCCUAGAACUAUCACAUUACUUGGAUGUGGAGCAAUUUUUUGGCCAGAAUCCUCUUGAAAGUUUCGAAUCAGAAAUUGAAAACUUAGAAAUACCAUUAAAUAUACCUCUAGCAACAAACCCAGUUGAGAGUGAAGAAUCAGAUGAUACAAACAACUCUUUUGUUUCACAGAUAUUGGAAUGCUUCAUAAUGGAUACCUUAAGGAGUCCCAUUUUUCAAGAACUUGUACAUUGUCAACAGAGAGCAACUCCUCCUUAUUAUAUACAAUUUAAGCAAGAUGAAGAAAAGAAUAAAUCUAAAGCAAAGACUGAUAGAAUAAGAGAAAUGCAGAAAUAUUUUGCAAAGUCUCCAAUGAGGGAUUUAUCUGAUACAUUCAAGUUGAUGAUUAAGGAUAGUGUGCAACAAAUAUUUUUUUGA